AUUUCAUUUCCUACUCAAAUCUAGUCCACCAACACUAAAACCCAGCAGCUGUCCUAAUACUUGGGACUUUAACUAAUAAAUGUAAAACUUGCAUAAGUUCACGUCCUCCUUAAAAAUGGGCUCUCCAAAUAUUUCCUCUGCUGACACUAACUCAAACAAUUCUUCACCCCCACAGACGAACCGCCUCGUCCCACCCACCGCCGCCACGAACGUGCUGGAACAGAAACAUCACGUCUCCAGGGAUGGGAGAGGACAGAUUUUAGGAAAUUUAAGAGGAUUUCGUGGAUGCACGGUUUGGUUUACGGGUUUCUCUGGUGCUGGGAAGACGUCCAUCUCUUUCGAACUAGAAGCUUUCCUGGUGGCGAAUGGAAUUCCAACCUACGCCCUUGACGGGGACAAUGUGAGGACGGGAUUAAAUAAAAAUCUAGGAUUUUCUAAGGAGGAUCGUGAAGAGAAUAUUCGAAGAGUGGCAGAGGUGGCGAAACUCUUUGCAGACAGUGGGGUUGUAGCAUUGUGCUCAUUUGUAAGCCCGUUUGAAAAGGACAGAGAGCUCGCCAAAGAAAUUCACAAGGCAAGUGGCCUCCCCUUUUAUGAAGUCUUCAUCGACACUCCCCUCGCCGUUUGUGAGCAGAGGGAUGUCAAAGGACUCUACAAAAAAGCGAGGGAGGGUAAAAUUAAGGGUUUCACUGGUAUCGACCAGCCCUACGAACCCCCACCACAUCCAGAUCUAAGAAUCGAAACGGUUGGCAAUAGUGUCAAGGAUAACGUGCUAGAGGUCGUCAAAUUACUGAUUGAAAAGGAUAUUCUCCCACCAUUCCUUCAAUUUACAGAGACCGUGUCUGAGUUGUUUACAACUAAAUCUAAACCCGAAGUCUCCCAAAUCAUCAAAACUACACCAAAAUUGGAUAUAACGGAGCUGGAUCUCCAAUGGGUUCAAAUACUCUCAGAAGGCUGGGCCUGUCCCUUGAAAGGAUUCAUGAACGAAGACCAGUUCCUCCAAACAAUCCACUUUAACUCUUUUGUGAAGGAUGAAGUGGCCACAAUGCCAGUAGCAAUUGUCUUACCAGUGGAGACAGAGGAUAAGAUUAGGUUGGAGGGUGUGACUGAGGUGUGUUUGGCGUAUAAAGGACAUGUGGUUGGAGUAUUAAAGGGCAUUGAGUUUUAUCCGCAUCGAAAAGAGGAACGUGUGGCGAGACAAUUUGGGACAACAUCGCCAAAGCACCCUCAUAUUAAGAUGAUUCUCUCCAGCGGCGACUGGUUAAUGGGUGGUGAGCUGGAAGUUUUUGAGCGCAUCAAGUGGAACGAUGGGCUAGAUAAAUAUCGCUUAACUCCAAAUGAGAUUAGAAAACGAGCAAAGGAGAUGGAGGCGGAUGCAUUGUUUGCAUUUCAGUUGAGGAACCCAAUACACAAUGGCCAUGCAUUAUUGAUGCAGGACACACAACGGAAACUCGAGUCAAGCUAUGGGUACAAGAAGCCAGUCUUGCUCCUCCACCCACUUGGUGGCUGGACGAAGGACGACGAUGUUCCUCUCCCUGAGAGGAUACAACAGCACUUGGCAGUUCUUGAGGAGGGUGUUUUAGACCCUGAGAGAACAAUUUUAGCCAUUUUUCCGUCUCCAAUGCUUUACGCUGGACCAACGGAGGUUCAGUGGCAUGCAAGAGCUCGUCUCAAUGCUGGUGCAAAUUUCUACAUUGUUGGGAGGGACCCUGCUGGGAUGCCCCAUCCAGAAAAUCCAUCCAUCGACCUAUUCGAUCCAACACACGGUGCUCGGGUGCUAAAAAUGGCUCCAGGGUUGGCUGGGCUUGAAAUCAUUCCGUUUCGGGUGGCGGCAUACGACACGAGGGGAAAGUGCAUGGCGUUUUUUGAACCAGGAAGGAAGGAUGAUUUUAUUUUUAUUUCGGGAACUAAAAUGAGGGGGCUCGCAAAGUCUGGGCAAAAUCCUCCUGAUGGGUUCAUGUCUCCUAAAGCUUGGAAUGUAUUGGCAGAAUAUUACAAAAAUUUGAAGGGGUGAUAUUUUUUAAAUGGUUGCUAAGAAGAAUGAAAGCUUUAAUCCAAUUUUUACUAUUUUGUUGACAAUUUUAAUAAAUGACGAAAUGGAUUCCUUAAUACA